CUCUCGAAAUCUAUAACAAAACUAGCUUCUUCUUCUUCUUUAUUUACCCUUUUCUAAUUAUUUUUGAAGUGGUAAUACCAGCAUGAUUUCAACUUGAAAACCAUUUUCUCUCCCUGCUUGUAACAUCGAGUGAUGCCCUCGUUUUAUAUAUAUUUACGGGAUAUUACAUAUAUAGAUUCACCUUGCUGCAGGUUUUUUCAAGAAAUCAAAUGGUGUGAGUGUGAUCUUAGGUUAAUUAGUACAUAUAAUCUUGGAUCCGUGUAUAGAUCUGCAUCUUUAAAACCUAAAAACACCAUCUAGCUAGUUAAUUUUAUCCCUCCCAAGAUCAGUUAAUAUGCGUUAUAUAAUUAUUUGCUGGCGCAUAGAUCCAGUUUAUACACGCAAAGACUCCAUAUGCUUCCUCUCUCUCUCUCUCUCUCUGAAGGAAAAGAGGAUCUUAAAUAUUGUACACACCUCAAGUUAGCACGCCAGCCGCCUCAUGCUCGUCCAUAUCAACGCCCCCACCCAUGAUUGCAAUAUGCAAUAAUACUGCACUUCCAUUUUUAUCAAUGAUUUCUCCUGUACUGUUAAUUUGUUUCCAUUUUGCUUUCAGUACCUGGGAAACUGAGGAGGAGGAUAGAGAAGAGCAGUAUACAGAUCCAGGAGGGCAGAGAUUGGUGCUGCCAGAAGAUGGGCAUGGAUGGAAGAAAUAUGGCCAGAAGUUCAUCAAAAAAAGAGGAAAAUUCCGGAGCUAUUUUAAAUGCCAGAAGCAGAAUUGUGUGGCAAAGAAGAGAGUUGAGUGGUCCAGCCCUGAUGAUAUUCGAAUAUGGUACGAGGGAUCUCACAAUCAUGCCUCAUCUACACAAGGGACUUCUUCCUCCGCUGCAAAUCAGUACAACUUGUACGCUCAAGUUUUUGGAUCAGAUCAACCGCCUUCACGCCCGCAUGAUCAAGAUGCUUAAUUAAUUCUUGUUUGAUUGUUUAUCAUAUCGUCAGUUUUCUUUUUACUAUUUCUGUUUUAAUUGUUAAAGAAUAACAUAAAUUAUAUAAAUUCUUCUUAGUAUAUUAAUUAGACGAUGUCAUUUUAAAGACUUCCUCAACGCUCCAUCUU